UUGUUGACUAAAAGUGGAAAGAAGAGUCUCUUCCCGUUUACCGGGUGUCCUACACGGCUACACUGCUACACAGCCCUCCUAACAAAUAUAAUGGAAAUUCAAUACCCACAGCCACAUUCUCACAGAAAAGCAAUUCAGCGAUGAACGAUCCAUCUCUAUUUUCUUCAGAAAAUAAAAUACAGUUCUUAAAAUUGAUAUUUUUUGGAUUUAUUCUUUGAUUGGAUUGCGAUUGCGAUUGCGAAUAUCUGUAGAGUUAUAUUUGGGUUCUUUGCAAUUCUUCCGCCAUGGGCUGUUUUUCCUCUCGCCCCCUAGCUGCUUCUGAUGGCUCUAAAAGGAUUCGAAAACCAAAGCAAUGGAAGCAUACUGAAGCAAUCACCAGGGCACAACUGAACAAGAUGCGUGAGGAAUUCUGGGACACUGCACCUCAUUAUGGUGGCAGGCAAGAAAUCUGGGAUGCACUUCGUGCUGCAGCUGAAGGUGAACUGAACAUGGCACAAACUAUCAUCGAGAGUGCUGGAAUAAUUGUGCAGAACCCUGACUUGACUGUUUGCUACGAUGAGAGAGGUGCAAAAUAUGAACUCCCUAACUAUGUUCUAAGCGAGCCAACCAACUUGGUCCGAGACAACAAUGAUUCUUGAGAAACUGCAAGUUAAAGUCGACAAAGCUGUAAAUCCAUGUAAAGCAAAUUCUAUAUUGGUUUUUAUCCGCAGAGAUUCCUCUACCAUUUUUUCUGCCGUAUAUCCUUUUGGAAAUCGGCUCAUUGCGCUCAACCCAAUUGCCGAGAGGUGGUUUUUUAGUUACUUCUGGAGAAGCAUGUGGCGCUAUGCUAUACUUCUGUUGUUUGGUGUUACUUGUGCUAGAGUUUACGAAACCGAUUGCCGGAUUCAAGCAGCUUAACAUACUAAUUGCUCUUAGUAUGUUCGCAAUUCCCACAAGAUGUAGUUGCUCCCAAGUAUUUAUUUACAGCAGCUGGUAUUUUAGAUAUAAGUUGUGUAGAGGUAAAAGUCACAGUACAUUUUGAUCAUCCGCUUGGCUUGUUUUAUCAGUUUCUUUGCGUAUUACUUCAUUUUCUUUCUGUCUGUUAUGGACAAAGAGCACGUUUAGUUGGUUAGCAUAGAAAGUAGGCUUUGUUCAAGUCCUCAAGACGUGCGACAGUUCAAGUUGUUGCCCGAAUAUUUGGCCUUUGAACUUUGAAUGAAUUAGAUGCUACCUUCAUUGAGUGUAGUUUUUGUUGGAAAAUGAAGUGUACCAAAAACCAUUGAGACAUAUGAAGUAGUCCUCUUUCGAAUUCGUACGAUAUAGUACCAAUUCCGGAGUCUUUAAAUUUAGCUCGUUAUAGACUAAAAGGAUCUAAAUGUGUGGUUCAUGCUAAAAUGUACAAACUCAUGUUUUUAUUGUUAUAAGAUUAAAACUCGUAGAAUGAUCCUUAUAAAUGUUUUUUUGGAUUACAAUGAUACACCGAGAAAAGGAAAGAGCUAAGUGAGAAUCGAUCAUAAAAUCUUGCCUAAGGAAAAUAGUAUGUAUUUCAAUAGAAAUAAAAUUUGAUUCUCAAUCAUUAUAAAUACUUAAAAAUACGAAAAU